AUGAGGUCACUCAACGUGUUUAUCCUGAUGGUUAUGGCAGGCGCCAGUGUCAUGGCAGACGAAAGCUUGCGGAGUGAACGUAGUGUUACAGCAGAUAACCAUCCCUUCUCGCAUCUAUGCGAGUCCCAGCCUGAUAAAUUUUUGUGCGCCAACUGCAAAACCAUGGUCCAAUGUGUAAAAGGGCAAGCCUUUACUCGUCACUGCAUCGAGAGCCACUACUGUUCGGAGAAGAGCGAGUUUGGAGGUGCUGUCUGCUACCCGGAUGAACCUACAGACUGCACCUGUACGAAGGCUAAUGAUUUCCGUGUGGAUCCCUAUGAUCCCCAGAGAUUCUUCUCUUGCAAGAAUAUUGGAUCUCUACCAGAGAGUUACAAGUGCCCGGACGGCAUGGAGUUCGAUGAGGCUUCGGCGCAGUGUCAGAACGUAGGUGGCCUACCUCCAUGCACUGUUUCUGGGGUCUUUGCUAACCCCAAGAACUGCAGUGAAUACUAUUCGUGCAUCUCGCUCCGGCAUGGAUGGCUGCAGAAGACCUUUGUCUGCAGUACUGACCUGAUGUACAACCAGAAGACGGGCACUUGUGAAGAUCCUUGCAUUUACCAGUUCGUAUGCCAGCAGGAAGGACGUUACCCAGACCUCCUCGAUAAGCGCAACUACUUUGAGUGCUAUAUGCAUGCAGGUAUACUGAAGCAAAUGCGUUACCAGUGUCCUGAAGCCUACAUGUGGGACAUCACUUCCCCUGGCGUGGGCAAAUGUGUGGAGGACCAUGGACAGAGUAACUCUGAUAAUGCCUUCAGCCUGUGCGUGCUACCGGCAAACUUGUGUCCUGGUACAUAAAAAAAAAAAAUCCCUGGUUCCAACUUACAGACACCCGAUAAGUGGACCAGGCCUGAACUUCGAUUGUGUCUCAAUUUUUAAAAAUAAAUUAUUUUUUUUGGAGUUCUAA